UACAAAAAAAAUAAUAUUUAUAAUUAUAUAAAAAAAAUAACGUUAAAAAUAUAAAGUUACUAGUUAAGUUAAAAAUGCUUGAAUAUUGUAGAAAAUAUUAUGCUGUUAUUUAUUAUGCGACUGUUACCAUCUAUCGAGUACUCGUACGUGUUCUUUACUAAUUAUUUACUCAGUUAAAUAAGAUCUAAUAGUGCUAGAAAGAUUUUUUUGAGCAGGCAAUGAAAACUCCAUUUUAGAUUGCUGCAAGUUUAUUGAAUAUUUUUAGUGGUACAAGGAUACCGCUAUUUAUUUGUUAUAUAAAACUUUAAGAAUGUUAUAUUUUUGCUGUUUGCCAUAGCAUAGAAAAUAAUCAUUAAUAUAGAAUAUUAUUCCUACAAUAAAGGAAAAAAUACUCUAUGUACAAAAUGUCUUCCCAACCUGAUGUUUUUAAAAGUAGCACAAAGAAGCAGAAAAUCAAUUAUGAUAGUCAUAGUCAGACUUCUUCAAAAACGAAUCUUUGUACUUCAGCAUUAAUAGAAAAAAUAAGAAAAAGAAAACUUAAAGAGUUAGAAAUAAGUGAUACAGAAAUCGACACAUGUAUUACUAAAGCAAAAAAGAAAAAAAGCAAUGAAAUGGACAAUGAAGUCAAUCAUCUUUUAAAUGUUAUGUCAAGGAAUGAAAGUACAGUGUCAAAAUUAAAAAAAAAGAAAGAAAAAAAUAUGGAUUUGAAAUUUAAAGAAAAUACAUUACAAACCCAAUAUAAAACAAAAAUUGACUUACCACCAAAAAAGAAAAGAAAUACAUUGAAUAAAAAUGGUUUUGGUGAGUCAACUUAUUACAUGGUGAAAAAAUUAGCUGAACAAUCAAAAAAGCAAAAGAAAAACAAUAAUAACAAUACAUCUGUUUCAAAUAAAGAAUGUACAACUUACUUCAACAAUACUUCUGACAAUUCAUCAGUUCAAGAUACUAAUAAAAAAUAUGUGACAUGCAGUAUAUGUCAACAAUGGUUCUUAAAUACAUACAUUUACCGACAUAUGCAAACACACAUUGAUGAUUUGCACAAAUGUGAUAUAUGCUGCAAGUCUUUUAAAAAAAAGGCUGACUUAGCAAAACAUAAAAUUGUUCACUCUAGUGAAAGAGCAUACAAAUGCAAUUUAUGUGAAAAAACCUACAAAUACAUUAGUGGCUUAACAAUACAUUGCAGAUCACACAACGACGAAUAUAUUGUCAAAUGCAGUUAUUGCUCAAAGAAAUUUUUUCAAACUUCAGACUUAAAUAGACAUAUUAGAAUACAUACAGGAGAACGUCCUUUUGAAUGUGAUCUUUGUGACAGUGCAUUUACUCUCAAGUCAAGUUUGUCUGUACACAAACGAGUUCAUACAGGAGAAAGGCCAUACACUUGUAGUGAAUGUGGACUUGCUUUCAAUCAAUCACACGUUCUCAUUGAGCACAAAAGAAAACACACUGGUGAAAAACCUUACAAGUGUAGUAUUUGUGAUUGGGCUUUUGCAUCUAAUGGAGAUUUAAACAAACAUUUUAAAAGAAAACAUUACAAAUGUUAUUGAAAAGUCACUAGUUUAAUGUGUUUUUAAUUGUACAAAUUAAACUACCUGCAAUUUAAGUAACUUAAAACGAUCAUUGAUAAUUUAUCUCAUAAAUCAUACUUGAAUUAUUGAUACAUAAAUUAUUGUAUAUAAAUGUCUUUCAUUGCAUUUCUGAUUGAUUAAUGAUAAUUUUAGCAGUGGUUUAGGCCUGUUUUUUCCAGCUACUUGUUUUGCCAAUACGUGAAUUGGUUUCUUAUGAUAUUUGUUAGAAAAAACCUCAAUUUGAUGUCAUCAUCUUAUCUUAACAUUGUGACAUUGUACUGUAAUCCUGUGUUAUUAUUAAUAAUAUUAUCUCAGACUACAUUUUCAUAAAGUUAAACAAAAAAAGUCAUUCUGACAUAUUGAAGUUUCAUUGGUUUAGCGUACAGAAAACACAUGAAACGUAGACCAUUAUUGAUCAUAAAGCUUUUUGAAUUAAGCUAGAAGUAGACAGAGUUUGGGAUCCAGAGAAAGUUAAGGCAAAAAUCACAUUAUACCUACUCUAAUUAAAGAGAAUAAUAGGAAAUCAAUUUGUUCUGAAUUAAAUAAUCAUUUUAAGCAUUGCUAACAUAUAGGAAUUUUUUUAAAUCGUACAACGUUAAAAACUGUAAUUUACAAAAUAAUUA